AUGCUGGCUCAGAUUAUGCCGAUCUGGACCCGGGGUCACCGCGUGAACGACACGGAGACGCCGGACUGCAGCUUUGCCUCGGCGCCGCCCAGCGCAGCUCUCAAGCAUGACGUGGCGUUUGACCAAGUCGACUUCCAGGCCAAAGUCGACGUGGCUUUUUUCGCGCUCUCGAUGCGUCGGGGUGCUACGACUGCGUCCUCGGAGGCUAGCCACAUGUUCGCCGUCAUUGCUCUGGACGGCGCCGACAUCCCCGAGACGGCCCUCCAAUGCGCGAAAGAGUUAUCACAUGCGGCCUAUCGCGAGCCAAACCUGCGCCCGCCACGUCGGAAGCAUACGAUGCUCGCCUUUUGGCCAAAGUCCUACCGGCUGCGUCUCGUCGGCAUCACAACAUCAGUCGCCCACGUCGAAGCCGUCCGGCAAAAUGACGCCGGAACAUCGCUGCUCGGGUAUCGCACUACGCGUCUCGCCGAGGCGUCCUCAUGGUCGGGCCGCAAACAAACUCGGACCAAGCUCAAGUUGUAUGCGUGCAUUGAUCGGUUUGGCUACGACGCGCUCGCGCCGUCCGUGCAUGUCCUUCUUCGACGCAGAGCCGCGACGUACCGCACUGCCGCUGCACAUUUGCCAUUUCAGCUUCUCGCGAGUCUUGCCGGCGUUGCCGAAAACCCGGACGUGCCAUCGCUCUUUUACGAACCCAAGACGAUUAAGUCGCUCGACGUGCCUACGUGCUCGAUCGUCACGAACGCGCACGACUACAUCGCCAUGACGUACAUUGCUACGUCCGCCAUCGGCUUUGCGCUGCGUAACACCCGCAGUUCGCUAGCAGCAUACUCGGUCGACGCAGUGAGUGGCAUCUUCUUUUACAAGCAAUCUAUUCCAAUGCUGACGACGACAAACUUCUCGCCUCUCUGCACCUUUCUCACAACACGGUUGGUCGCGCGGCGCUCGCUUAGUAACUGUGCGAUCAUCCUUUGCCGCUAUAGCCACACGGACGUCGCGCUGCUGUACCCGAAUUCGACGCUUUUCCCCGUGUGCGAAGCGCUUCUCGCGGACGCGCCAAGCUUUUUCGCGACGUGUGCGCCGCAUCGGGCGCCGACGCUCGUGCGCCAAGUCCGGUCUCUGGUCGAGACGGCUGCCCGCAGGUACCGUAAGGUCGCCGUGUCACCGGCAGCCGUGUUUGUACCGCUGCUCUCAGAGUUUGCGUGGCGGUGGCCGACGCUACCGUUUACGGCGCGCGGUCAACUCGUCGACAUUGCUCGCCCAGACGUUCAAGCCACCGCGGCCAAGACACCAGGCGGCGUGCCGACGAUCCACGGGCUCAAUGCGGCGCAGUGUAGUUGCCACAUGUGCGGCGCCCUGCAGGCGUUUCUUCGAACGCCGCAUUGGUCGUCGGACAAGAACUUGUUUGCGACUUGCCAAAACGCAGCGCGAACGAUCGCAGACCUCUGA